GUUCGGUUACAAAGCCUGCAAGCAUUGCAUUUUUCACUCUUCUCCUUCAUAUCUUAAAUUUUUUUAUCACUUGUUAGAGAUCAUAUCAUGGCUGCUGCACUUGUUGGUGGAGCUUUCCUCUCUGGUUUCAUUAACGUUCUCUUUGACAGGUUCCUUACAACUGAUGCUGUCAACUUGGUCCUGGGCAAGAAACUUGGCCCUGGCUUGGUUGAAAGGCUGAAGACUGCUCUGUUGGGUGCUGAAGGUCUUGUUGCUGAUGCUGAGAUGAAGCAGUUCGGUAAUCCAUCUGUGAGGAAGUGGCUUGAUAGUCUCAGGGAUGCUGUUUACUAUGCUGAGGACUUGUUGGACGCUGUCUUCACGAAAGCCGCCACUCAAAAGGAGCAAAGUUCUUCCUGGUGGUCCCCUAGCUUCUUCAUCAACCGAGAUAGAGAUGACAUGGUCGACAAGAUGGAAGCCGUGGUUACAAGAAUUGAGGAUCUUGGAAAACAAAAAGAUUUCCUUGGUCUUGAAAAGAUUCCCACUGGUAGCUCAUCAUGGAGGACUCCGUCCAGUUCUCUUGUAAGAGGGAGUGUGUAUGGCAGGGAGGAUGACCAGAAUGCCUUAUUCAAGAUGCUGAAUGACAACAAUGAGCAUCAGCUGUCUGUGUUUGCUAUUGUUGGCAUAGGUGGGGUUGGUAAAACAACAUUAGCCCAAUCAGUAUACAACAAAGAGGAGGAGUUCAUGAAGGGAUUUGAUCUGAAAGCAUGGGUUUGUGUUUCAGAAAAUUUUGAUAUUGCUGAGACUACAAAGAAUGUCAUAAAGGAGAUCUCUCCAGAUACUCAAGGUGUUGAGCACUUCAAUUCACUUCACCAUACUUUGAAAGAAAAAUUGUUGAACAAGAAAUUCUUUAUUGUUCUGGAUGAUGUUUGGAGUGAUGAUGGUGACAAAUGGAGUAAUUUUAUGACCCCUUUCCAAUAUGGGAAGAAAGGAAGUAUUGUUCUUCUGACUACUCGUGGGAAAAAUGUUGCUUUAGCAGUUCAGAAUUGUCGCCCUUAUUUUCUCAAAGGGUUGUCAGAAGACUAUUGUUGGUCAGUGUUUGCAGACAAUGCAUCUUUUCCAGAAUCAAAUGGGAGAGCAGCACUUGAAGAAAUAGGUAGAAAGAUUGUCAAGAAGUGUGAUGGCUUGCCAUUAGCUGCAGAAACACUUGGUCGCUUGUUACGUACAAAGCAUGAUGUUGAGGAAUGGAACAAGAUACUAAUGAGUCAUAUUUGGGGAUUUGCUGUGCAGAAGAGUAAGAUUAUCCCAGCAUUACUGAUAAGUUACUUCCAUCUUCCUCCACAUUUAAAGCGUUGUUUUGUUUAUUGUGCUUUAUAUCGCAAGGAUUAUAAAUUUGAGAAAGAUGAAUUAAUCCUUUUGUGGAUGGCAGAAGAUCUUUUACCACCACCAAAGAGAGGAGAGAGUUUAGAAGAAGUUGGUUGUGAGUGUUUUGAUGAACUAAGUUCCAGAUUAUUUUUCACGAAGAUUAAAGACGGUGAUGAUUAUUUUGUGAUGCACGAUCUCUUGCAUGACUUAGCAAUAUUCCUUGCUGGGGAUUUCUAUUGCAACUCAGAAGAACUUGGUGAAGAGGAGGAGAUAAGGAUUCAAACCCGGCAUUUGUGUGUAAACUUACGUCAUUGUAGCUCAAAACUUCUUAAUUUGAUUUCUAAAGUAGAAUCUUUGAGAACAUUAUUAUUGUUUGGCGAUUUCAUAUCUCCCAACUGCAACAUUGAAGCGGCAACUUGUGACAUAUUAUCAAAGUGUAAAUACUUGAGAGCUUUAUCCUUUAGUAAACUUAAUGUGGUGCAUGAUUCAAUAGAAGAAUUGAUCCAUCUCCGCUACUUGGAUCUCUCUUGCUCUAAUAUUAAGACAUUGCCCGAGUCUUUGUGCAAGUUGUGUAAUUUGCAAAUAUUGAAGUUGAAUCAUUGUUCUAAGCUAACUACGCUGCCUAGUGGUUUGCAUAAUCUUGUGAGUUUGCGGCAUCUUGAUAUUAGGAAAACUUCUUUGGAAGAAAUGCCCAGAAAAAUGAGCAAAUUGAAUCAAUUGCACGUUUUGAGUUACUUUAGCGUGGGCAAGCAUGAAGAGAAUGGAAUCCAAGAGUUAGGAGGGCUUGUAAAUCUUCAUGGAUCCUUUGAGAUUAAGAAAUUGGAGAAUAUUGUUGAUGUGAAUGAAGCAAAGAGCUCAAGGAUAAUGGAUAAGAAGCACAUUGAUGAAUUAUGGUUGGAAUGGUCUCCAAGUAAUGAUUUGGUUUCAAGCACACAAAAAGAAAGAGACAUGCUCGAUAACUUGCAAAUGCACAGUGGGUUGAAAGAGCUGAAAAUCAAGGGAUACAAGGGUACCAUAUUUCCAAAUUGGAUUGGGCAUUGUUCCUACCAAAACAUGACCAAUGUAUCUCUAGAGUCUUGUGACAAUUGCUGUAUGCUGCCUUCACUUGGACAGCUGCCAUUUCUUAAGUCCCUAAGCAUUCAACGCUUCCAUCAGCUGAGGAGUAUUGGCGACGAGUUUUACAAGAAUGAAGGAGAUCAUCAUUCUUUGCAUAUUACACCGUUUCCCUCACUAGAGAAAUUGGAAUUUCAUUAUAUGGCAUGUUGGGAGGUGUGGCAAGUAUCUGAGUCGGAAACAUUUCCUCAACUUAGGAAGCUUGAAAUAACAAAUUGUCCAAUGUUGAAGGAAGAGAUGCUUACUCAGGUAUUCUUCAGAAUCGUUUCUUCUUUGUCGGAUGUUUCCAAAGUUCGCAAACUAUGUAUAUAUAACUCCUCUAUAGAAUGGCUCCCCGCAUCUAUGUUUCUUGAUGGGGAUACUUUAUCAAUUAGGGGAUGUGAAUAUGAGAAGGAGUCUGCAUUGAAAGCAAUGAUAAGCAUGAACCAUCUAAGUUGCCUCCAAGAAAUACACAUCUCAGGGUAUAACUCUCAUGUAUCCUUUCCGGCCAAUUGUUUUCUCAAAUCUUUGCAAAAGCUGAAAAUCCGUAGAUGUAGAAAACUAGAAUUCCCUCAGCAACAGAAGCAGAAUUAUGGUCUGGUAGAGCUACAAAUAGAAGACAGCUGUCAUUCACUGACCUCCUUGUCGUUGGAUGCCUUUCCCAAUCUCAAGAAUCUCGAGAUAUCAUGGUGUAGAAAUCUGGAAUCAGUCUCAAUGUCAAAGCCACCACACGCUGCUCUUCAAAGCCUCACCAUCUAUAAAUGCCACAAAUUAGUGUCAUUUGCAGGAGAAGGACUGGUUGCACCCAACUUGACUCAUCUCAGCCUCCUAGAAUGCUACAAUUUGAAGGCAUUACCAUGUGACAUGAAUAUUCUACUCCCAAGUUUACAGUCUCUCCAGAUAUCACAAUGUGGGAAUCUGGAAUCAAUCUCAAUGUCAGAGGCACCACAUGCUGCUCUUCAACGUCUCAUAAUCAGUGGGUGCUCCAAAUUAGUGUCAUUUGCAGGAGAAGGACUGGCUGCACCCAACUUGACUCAUCUCAGCAUCACACAUUGCUACAAGUUGGAGGCAUUACCACGUGACAUGAAUAGUCUACUCCCAAGUUUACAUUCUCUCGAGAUAUUUUGUUGCCCAAACAUUUGCAGGUUGCCAGAGGCUGGUUUGCCGCCUAACUUGAAAUCACUUGAGGUGGGAAUUCGUGAGGAACAAAUGAGGGAUCUAUCAUGGAUGACCAAUUUGGAGGCCCUCACUCAUCUAAGAAUUUAUGGUUAUGGGUGUAAGAACAUAAAGUCAUACCCAGAGGUGGGUUUGCUGCCCCAUAUUCCCUCCCUUACCACUCUUGAGAUAUGGUGCUUUGAUAAUCUGGAGACAUUGGAGUGCAACAAGCUUCUCUGCCUCACCUCCCUUCAACAAUUGCACAUUUCAUUCUGCCAGAAGCUGGAGAAUAUGGAAGGAGAAAAGUUGCCUCCCUCUCUCUUGCUACUUCAAAUUAAACAGUGUCCUUUGCUGGAAGAACACUGCAAGAACAAGCAUCAACUAAUCUGGCCCAAAAUUUCCCACAUCCCCACCAUUAAAUUCGUCUGAACAGAGAUUUCUGAGCAGGUUGGAGAAUAUGGCAGGAGAAAAGCUACCUUCCUCUCUGUUAUUACUUCAAAUUCAAGACUGUCAUAUACUCGGAGGAGGCUACAAGAAGAAGAGUUGCAGCUAUACUCUCUAUGAAGGGGCAUCAAGAGAUAGAUAACUACUAUAGUCAAGGAUGGAUUCAACCAUUAAAAUGUGCAUUAGGAAGCUUCUAUGGCAAUUAUAACUUGGGUGAAUAUCAGGUAGCUUGUACUUGUGUAUAUUCAUCAAUCCUAGUUCAUUUGAGGUCAUAAUAGCUGGAUUGAUGUGUUGGCAACCAGAAGCAGUAUCUUGGAGGCUCGUCCAUUUGAUCAAAGACUCCAUUUGGAGAUUGAAUCAGUAUAAAGAAUUUCUAUAUUACUUAUAGGGAAAACAAGUCUUGUCCCUAUAUUUUACCCUCUACUUUUUUCAUUGAGUUCACUUUAUUUUUCUUAAGCACUUCCCAAAAAAUCUGUAUGAGGCACCUUCCUCUGCAGUUAAACAUUAUUUUCACUGUGAUUCAUUAUCAUUUUCCUCUGCAAAAGGAACAUCAAUUUUUUUGUUAUUGUCUUUUUUACUUGUUCAGAUUCUUUUAUGAUUAGCCGUUCUAAAAUUUGG